AAGUCACAUAUCUUGAGCACUUUUUUGGAGUUAUUUAUUGAAAAUGAAUCUAUUUAAACACUCAAACUUCAUCCCAUUUCUGCAUCCAAAAAUCAGUGUUUCAAUACUAAACUUAAAGAAAACAUAGAGCCAAGAUGAAGAACCUCAACAAAGUAGCCAUCUUUGCUUUGCUAAUCAUCCUUGCUGCUCAGGCGUUGGAGGGCCGUCUUCAAUCCUGCAACCCGAGUGGCAAAAUCAGGGGAAAGAAACCACCUCCGGGGCAAUGCAACCAGCAAAAUGACUCCGAUUGCUGUAAACAAGGGAAGCUCUACACCACUUACAAAUGCUCUCCCCCCAUUUCUGGAAGCACGAAAGCAGUUCUCACCAUCAACAGCUUCCAGAAGGGUGGAGACGGAGGGGGCCCAUCAGAAUGUGACAAUCAGUACCACUCUGACGACACACCAGUCGUCGCCCUAUCAACUGGUUGGUACAGCGGAGGGAGCAGAUGCCUCAACAACGUAACUAUAAGUGGUAAUGGCCGGAGUGUGACAGCCAUGGUGGUGGAUGAGUGUGAUUCCACCAUGGGAUGUGAUGAGGAUCACGAUUAUCAGCCACCGUGUCCUAACAACAUCGUUGAUGCCUCAAAGGCUGUCUGGAAAGCCUUGGGGGUUCCUGAAGGCGACUGGGGCGAGUUGGAUAUCACAUGGUCUGAUCCUUGCAAACCAAGUGGCAAGAUCAAGGGGAAGAAGCCACCAAAAGAUAAAUGCAACAAGUCCAACGACUCUGAAUGCUGCGAAGAAGGAAAGUUCUACGACAUCUACAAAUGCUCACCUUCAGUUUCAGGCAGGACUAAAGGCUUCCUGACUCUCAACGGAUUCGAGAAGGGCAAGGACGGUGGAGGGCCGUCGGAGUGCGACGGCCACUACCACUCAGACGACAUCCCGAUCGUGGCGCUGUCGACUGGUUGGUUCAAUAACAUGAAGAGGUGCUUCAACAACAUUACCAUUUAUGGCAAUGGGAAGAGUGUGACUGCCAUGGUGAUUGAUGAGUGUGACUCCACAAUGGGGUGCGAUCUCGAGCACGACUACCAGCCGCCCUGCGACAGAAACAUUGUCGACGCCUCGAGGGCCGUCUGGAAGGCUCUAGGUGUGCCUGAAAAGGACUGGGGUGGAUUGGACAUACACUGGUCAGAUGCUUGAAAAGGACAGUAUAAAUAUGCAGCAUUAUUACAGAGCUCAGUGAUCAAAUAAAGGAGGAUGUUGCUUAUGUCUGUUUUAAAAUAAUGUUGCUUCAGUCCAUAUAUAUUUGAUAUUUCUGAAUAUGGAUGCA